AUGUUGCCUCUUCUCCUGCUGGCUCUGGCAGUUGCAGUCGGAUGCAGUGCGUCCGAGGAGAAGGCGCUGCCGAAGCGUAGCAUUGGCGAUGUAUCCAUUCCCUGGGCAGCCACGAGUGGCGGACAAUUCGGCAGCGCCUGGAACACUGGCGGCUGGGCUGGCCAUCUGGCGGGCAGCAGUGCCGCCUGGAGUGCUGGACAUGCUCCGCUGAAGACUGCCCCGUCGCCCAGUGAAGUGGCCAAUGCCAUUGCGGCUGCCAAGCAGGCGUCGGCCAAUGUGCUGAUUGCCCAGCAGCAGAUGCAGGCGGCCAAGGAGAACGUGCUGAAUCAGCAGCGCAUUGCCAUGGAGAAGGAGACCCAUGCCGCACUCCUGACCCAGAAGUCGGAGGCAGCUGCGGCUGAGGCUGCCUCGGCGCUGCAGCGCUCCGCUCAUGCUGCCGCCGCCGAGAUCCAGAAGACCGAAUACGAAGCAGCCAAGUUCGGACAGUUCACACGUAACGGCAAUGCCGGCGCAGCCCAUCACCUGACGAUCAUCAAGGAUGCCGCACUCUCGCCCAUCACUGCCGGCACGAAUCAUGUGCCCAAUCUGGAGACCAUUGGCCUGACACCCUGGCUGCAUGGCAAUGCCCACCACAACCCAACUCCCGGCUCUGCCUGGUUGUAA